CAUGAAAGGUGAAUAUAAUUUUUAUAAUUAGAUCAGUUUUAAAGGAAUGCGAUAUGGUUCUUUUAUGGGAGAUACUUUUUAGUUUUUACACACCUAACAAUUAUUAUUUACACGCCAUAUAAUUCUUUCUUCCUGUAAUACCCAUAUAAUUUAAAACACAUCACACACACACACACCUGGGAUGUAUUUAUUGAGUAGAAGGGAUCUGCUCAAACAUUUUAGAAUAUUUUUCACCUCGAUAAGAUUAAGAUCGUCUCAUUGUCCCUGAUGUUUCUUAUGGGUCAGUUUAUUUAGCAUUAGGAUCAGUCAGGGCAGUAUACAAUGAGAUGAAUUUGAUAUUUGAGAAUGAGACGAAUUUAAGGAAGCUUAUUGCUUACAUAUCAACCACCAACACGUAUUCAAAUCAGUUUAAUCUUGCAUCAGAUCAAAGGAACAAGGAAAUGAAUAGGGAAUUGUUAUGUCCUCUAACAUCAGUUGAACCAUGAAAGCUAUCCCACUUAGCUGGCAAUUUGACAACCAACAAAGAGAACUUUGGCCUCGAUUAAAAUAGCCAAGGAUGCAACUCUGCUAUUUCAUGCUAAAAUGGUUAGUGGCCCCAAAUAUAGGUUGGAUGACCUCCUUGGAACCCAAAGAACUAUUAUAGAAGAAAUUGUGAAUUUCUUCCCAGACAGCCACGAAUGAACACAAUGAAUCACUGUAGGAAGAAAUGAAUCAGACAGGAAUGAAAGAAGCCAAGUUAACAAUCCAGAAUCACGUUGUUCCUAGACUUCAUAUGCAGGAUUCACCUCAUCAAGAUCUUGAUCUUCCUCGGUGAGAUACUUGAGAGGAAUGAUUGGAUUAACAAUCAACCGAUGCAACUUGUCCAUGAGAAUCACUCCUCCAAUCUGUUGUCUCCAUGAGAAGAAGUUUGUCUCAUCAAGCUUGAUGCUGAUGGAGUGAGAAAACGCCAGAGGCGCUGCGUAAGAAGCGAAAGGAUUCACUGCAGUCACAUAACUAAGAAUUGAUUAUAGCUCUUGAUACCAUGAAGAAAUUCUUAGAAAAGAAAGCAAAUAAAAUUUCUCUGAAAAUGUAAUUGAUUCAUUGAUUGAAUUUUGUAUACAAGAAGGUUUUAUAUACAGCUGAGUUAGUUAUAAGUAUAACACCAGUUAGUGAAACUGUUGCUAAUGAUGCCAGCUUUUAAUCACACUGUGCCUACAACUAACUGAAGAGAACCAAGUGCAGCUUCAGGAAUACACCCUGUGAGAGGGGAAUUGAGUUUGGUGCCCCACCCCUUAGGCUUUGCACCCCACUUUAUUAAAUACGGAAUUUAAAGUUCCGUAUCAAUACGGAAAAUAAAAUUCCGUAUCUGUUUUAGUAUAUAAUGAGUGGUUGAAAAUGUGACACGCAUGCUUAAAUACAGUACGGAAUUUUAAGUUCCGUAUUCAAUAGGGAGAAUACGGAAUUUUAAAUUCCGUAUUUGAUAAAGUGGGGUGCCAAGCCCCAUAGGUGGGUGUCAAACUCAACUCCCCUGUGAGAGGGAGAGGGGUGAGGAAAAGAGGCAAGUAUCUUUUUGUAAAUCCAACAGUCGGAGGGAAAUGCUUGCUGCAGCUGCAGGAGAGGAUCAGAUUCCAAAUAAAUUUCUUCUGUUCCCUACCCUCUCUCCAUUCUCUCUCUCUCUCUCUCUCUCUCUCUCUCUCUCUCUCUCUCUGUCUAUCUUCAAGCUCCACCCAUGGCUUCUGAAUCGUCCAUUGACAAUCAAGCCGAUCUGGUCAUCACGCCCAAUUCAACUCAGGAUUUUGACCAAUCAAGGGCGGAAAGGACAUUGAUUUUCCCUGAUACUUCCUAUAAUCCACCUGAAGAUUCUUCGAGCCAAGAUGCGAUUGCAACUGUGGAGAAGAAUAUGAAAAAGUAUGUGGACAACCUCAUGCGGUUUCUGGAGGGAAUUAGUUCUAAGCUAUCACAGUUGGAGUUACAUUACUACAAUCUUGACCAAUCUAUUGGAGAAAUGAAAUCUGAAUUAAAUUUUAACCUUGGGGAGCAAUAUUCAAAGCUCAAAUCUCUAGAAAAGCACCUUCAAGAAAUUCACAGCUCUGAACAAGUUUUAAGAGUCAAGCCUCAACUUGCUCAGAAAGAAUCAUCUUCCUUGAGACAUUCACUGUCCAAUGAGGACAGAUCUCCUUCUACCAAAUAUGCUAAGAAAACUGAUAAUGCAUCUGAUGCUCCCAACAGGUGGAUAUCUUUUACCCCGCCCCAUCAAAUUGCCCCUCAGCCUCAGCCUACAACAGCCCCGCCCCAAGCUCCGACACCUUAUGUGACUCAAGCCACUCAACAACCUGCUUUUUACCCUUUGCCUGGCAUGCAAUCUCUGAAAAAGACGGCCCCAGACAUGAGAAGAGGAGCUGGUGGUCCUGUUUCUCAUCCCAACUCCAAAUAUACACCAUAUAAAUUUCUAGCAUAUUGAGCUUCUUUACUGAGGAACCUGAUAGGUAUAUCUGGAUUUACAAUGAAUAUAUGGACGUAGUGUCCUUUGAUCACUGCAUUUUCUGGAAUUGUGGAUUCCAUGUGCAGGAGGAGGUGGUAGUUGUUCCACCUUGCUCCGUGCUUGCAAAGGAUUUGGAUAGGCCACACUAGAGCUUAAAGCUCUGAUACAAAACAGUGUCAGAGAGAAACUGAGCUAAGAGUGAAUCUGAAUAUUGUAUGUUAUUGAUUUGUGACGUGAACACGUACAUUUAUAGAGCCAGGUUUGAACAUUUAACUCAAUACUGUUAUAACAGAUUCAAUUAACUGAAUCGUCUUCUAACUAAACCUAGCCAUAGCUAAUUCAGUCAAAGAGCACUGCUCAUGUAAGUUGAUAGUUGGAGACUUGGAGUGCUUUUUGUUGAGCUCCUGGCAUCAGGCAUGUCCUAUGAAUAAAAACCAUGCCAUAACUAUUUAUGUUUCAUGCUCAUUUUGUCAUAUGAUGUCCCU